AUGGAGACAGCACGUCUCCGACUCGAACCGAUUGAUUUGGCUCAUCUAGAGGGCUUCCAUGAGAUCUGGUCAGAUCCGGAUACCACGCAAUGGAGCUCACGAGGCAUCUCCCCCUCCAUCGAUGAAACCAAAAUCCGAAUGACCGGCAUUCUACCCGACCCCGAUCGACCAGGAAUCAUCAACUACGGCGUCUUUAUCCGUUCACUUUCCCCAUCCACCGACACAUGUCCACCCAAUACCAGCAUCAGCACCAAUCCAAAUCCAAAUCCAACUCCCACCCAACCCGCACAUCAUCCUCUUCCAUCACAACCCACUCAAACCGCCCCCCUUGAUCAAAAAGUCAUCGGCAUCAUCGGCAUCCACAACGACAACCCCGUUCCCGAACUCGGCUACUUAUUCCAUCCCAGCGCCUGGGGCCACGGCUACGCGACCGAGGCCGUGGCCGCUUUUAUCCCGCACUACUUUGGCCUUCGGCCCGAGGCGCGCUGCAUCGAGGCCAAAGUGGAUACGCAGAAUCGUGCGUCGAUCCGCGUGUUGCAGAAGUCGGGCUUUGAGGAGGUGGAGACCUUGGUGGGAGGGGCGAGGGCGGAGUGGAUGGUGCCAAGUGUGAGGGAUUUGGUGGUUUUUCGGGUAAAGGCUGGAUGA